AUGUAUCUUUUGCUAUUGUUAUUCGUGAACUUAUUUUGGGGUUUAAACGCCCACUUCGCUUUGGGAGUCUCUGGAAGCGCGGGACUUGCUGGCGCGGGAGUCGCUGGCGCGGGACUCGCAGGCAUGGGAGUUGCUGGCGCGGGACUCGCAGGCGCGGGACUCGCCGGCGCGGGACUCGCUGGCGCGGGAGUCGCUGGCGCGGGACUCGCAGGCGCGGGACUUGCUGGCGCGGGACUCGCAGGCGCGGGACUCGCUGGAGCAGGAGUCGCAGGAGCGGGACUCGCAGGUGCGGGACUUGCAGGCGCGGGACUUGCAGGCGCGGGAGUCGCAGGCGCGGGACUCGCAGGCGCGGGACUCGCUGGCGCGGGACUCGCUGGCACGGGAAUGGCAGGUGCGGGAAUCGCAGGCGCGGGACUUGCAGGCGCGGGAGUCGCAGGCGCGGGACUUGCAGGCGCGGGACUCGCAGGCGCGGGACUCGCUGGCGCGGGACUCGCAGGCGCGGGACUCGCUGGCGCGGGACUCGCUGGCACGGGAAUGGCAGGUGCGGGAAUCGCAGGCGCGGGAGUCGCUGGAGCGGGUGUCGCUGGCGCGGGACUCGGUGGAGCGGGAUUCGCUGGAGCGGGACUCGCUGGAGCGGGACUCGCUGGAGCGGGACUCGCUGGCGCGGGACUCGUUCGCAUGAGACGCGCUGACGUGAAACUCAUUGGCGCGGGACGCGCUGACGUGAAACUCGCUGGCGCGGGACUCGCUGGCGCUGGUCAGGCAAUUGCUACUCAAGCUGCUUAUAGAGAGGCUGCCGAUGGACAGGCUAUCGCUGGACAGGCUGCCGCUGGACCGAUUGUCUAUGAACACGCUGCUGCUAGACAAGCUGCCACUGAACAAGCCGCCGCAGGACAUGCUGCUGCUGGACAGGCUGCCACUGGUCUAGGUUUUAUGGGAGUAGAUGGUUCUGUUCAGGUAGCUGCUACUGAAGCUGCCUAUAGUCAGGUUGCCGCUGGACAGGCUACCGCUGGACAAGCUGCUGCUGGACAGACUGCCGAUGGACAGACUGCCUAUGAACACGGUGCUGCUGAACAAGCUGCCACUGAACAAGCCGCCGCAGGAUAUGCCUCUGCUGAACAGACUGCUACUAGUCAAGGUUUUAUGGGAGUAGUUGGCAAUGGUCAAGCAGCUGCUACUCAAGCUGCCUCUAGACAGGCUACCGCUGGACAGGCUGCUGCUGGACAGACUGCCUAUGAACACGGUGCUGCUGAACAAGCUGCCACUAAACAAGCCGCCACAGAACAUGCCUCUGCUGGACAGACUGCUACUGGUCAAAGUUUUAUGGGAGUAACUGACGCUGGUCAGGCUGCUGCUAUUCAAACUGCCUAUAGACAGACUGCUGCUGGACAAACUAGUACAGGAUUGGUUGGCGCGUUGAGGAUUGGCGCAGGAAGAACUAGUGCUUUAGCGGUAGCUGCUUAAAAGCAAAUGGAAAUAAUUUUUUGAAAAUAACUAACGACGGCGCAAGCAGAAAGGAAGAUCAAAACCUCUUACGCAACAGUUAACUAAAUUACAAUUUUUUUAUCUUUUAUUUGAUGCAUACUUUUGCAAGCAUUAAAUGUAUUAUUCAUGUUUUGCGCCUAAUUUAACCUCGAGAAAAAUGUAGUGUGAUUUUAUUUUAAUAAUAAAGUAAAAGAUUUUUAUCAGCA